AUGCCGCUAGGCCCUAUUGGAAAUAGUGAAUUUGGUUUGAGGAAGAGCAGAUGUGAAAAGAUUCCAGACUUCAGAAGCAGUGUGACUCAACAGAAUCUCGGAACCUUGGAGCGGAAUGUAGAUGGGAUGAGCAAGGCUUGUUCUGAGAAGGGCAAGGAGACCCUUCACCCUGGGGCUGGCGCGUCCGAGUCUAGCGAAGGCGGGGCCGAGGAGCCACCGCGGCGGAAACGGCCAGGGCGGGCCAGCGUGCGGGCACGAGGCCGGCUGUGGCGCCAGCGCUGGUGUGCCCAGCACCUGGCUGACAACCGGGUCAAGACCACCAAGUACACAGUGCUGUCCUUUCUGCCCAAGAACCUGUUCGAGCAGUUCCACCGCCUGGCCAACGUGUACUUCGUCUUCAUCGCGCUGCUCAACUUCGUGCCGGCGGUGAACGCCUUCCAGCCCGGCCUGGCGCUGGCGCCCGUGCUCUUCAUCCUGGCCGUCACGGCCUUCAAGGACCUGUGGGAGGACUACAGCCGCCACCGCUCCGACCACGAGAUCAACCACCUGGGCUGCCUGGUCUUCAGCGGGGAAGAAAAGAAUUAUGUGAACCGAUUCUGGAAAGAAAUCCAUGUGGGAGACUUUGUGCAUCUUCGCUGCAAUGAGAUCAUCCCUGCGGACAUUCUGCUGCUCUCCUCCAGUGACCCCGAUGGGCUGUGCCACAUCGAGACUGCCAACCUGGACGGAGAGACCAACCUGAAGCGGCGGCAGGUGGUCCGUGGCUUCUCAGAGCUCGUAA